UUUUUUUCAUUCUUUGAAGUGACAUCUCUGCUAGUGGUUGCUAGAGCAAAGUGAUUUGUAGUUUACAGAACACCAGCUGUCAUGAGUUCAUCAUGUUCAACCUGAGAAGACCUUUUGCCACCUUCAUCCUCACCCUCUACCUGGUCAGCUGUCAGAGCCAAAAGUGCGAACGCAUCCAGAUAGGCCAGGAGUUCUACAAACGGAGCCUUAUCGCCAGCAUCGAUGGCUACCCAACCGGCAUCGUCAUCGACCCGAAAACCGACAACAUCCUCUUCAUUCUUCACAAAAAGAACUACACUAAAGGCAUCCAUAUCCUCAAAUACGGGUCCUUGGGCAUCAAAGAACUUCCUAUCGGCGAUGAUGUGAUUGGUCAGUGCAUCGGCAUUGAUUCAGCCAAUAACAUCGUCUACAUCGGCACCAAUCAGGGCCUUGUCACUUUUGACAGCAGCAAAGGAGAAGUCUCAACAGAUAGACCUAUAGGUGACGAUGAUAUUCGAAGUAUUUUUAUCGACAAAACUGAUAACCAAAUGUAUAUAGCUACGGGCGUUGGACAUGAGAUUUUUAUCUUCAUCAAUGGUUCCUCGGCUGUUAAAAGAUAUGAAAAGGUUCCUAAAGCGUAUAGCUUCGUUUUGGAUAGCAAAGGGAAUAGCUUCCAUGAAUAUAUUGACGGGAAGAUCUACUUCUAUCCUAUAGAUCUGUUUGAACCGAUACAGUAUAAAGGUUUCACUCGGGAACUGAAGUAUAUAAUAGGUUUAAAUAACAAUGAUGAAGCUAUAGUAGCAGUCAAAGGGUCUCUGUAUAAACUGACUACUACCAGUAUUCUUCCAAAAAGAAUUGGCGAGUUGGGGUUCAAAAUCACAGGUAUGGCUUUCGAUCGUAAGAACAACAUUAUUAUUGGGACUAAAGGUAAAAUUUAUAGAUACAAGGCUGUCGAUAACAAUGAUCCCUGUCCAUCUGAUGAUUACUUCAUGACGGGUAUUUGAUAAAUAUAAACACACUGGACAAUGCCAUUGUGGCGAUCCAACAACGAUAAUUUGAUUAGUUGUUAAUGA